AUGAGUAUUCAGCAGGCGGAAGAUAUGAUUAACGAGGCCGAGAAGAAGGCCCAAGGCUCGAAAGGUCUUUUUUCCUUCCUCGGUGGGGCGCCAAGUUAUGACGAGGCUGCUGAUUUAUACAAGAAUGCUGCGAAUCAGUUCAAGCUCGCGAAGGACUGGAAUAGGGCCGCCGAGACGUUGGUCCUUGCCGGAGAGAUGAUGGGCAAGUACGGCUCGGCUUCUGACGAGGCUCACCACUACGAGGAGGCAGGUAACGCCUUCAGGCGAGCUGAGAGAAUACAUGAUGCUAUCACAUGGUACGAACACGCCGUUAAAAUUUAUAGCUCUGCCGGUCGGUUCCAGGCAGGAGGGAAGAUACUACGAACGAUUGCGGAAAUGACCGAGGAGGAUAUCGACGUUAAGAAAGAGGAGGCCUUGGCUUACUACAAGAAGGCAGCGGAUAUGUUCGAGAUGGACGAGUAUAGCAAGGCCCCUCACUCGCAAUGCAUGUUGAAGGUAGCUGAGCUCUCAGCUGAGGUUGGCAAAUAUGAAGAUGCUGCUAAAAUUUUCGAAAAGGAAGGGGAGAAGGCUUUACAUAAUUCUAUGUUGCAAUUCGGAGCUCGAGAGCACUUUCUGAAGGCGGGCAUCAUGUGGAUGUGUGCCGGGGACCCAGUUACUGCUAGUAUAGCAGUGGAGAGGUAUAUGUCGGAGGACCCUCGGCUGGCUACUUCACGCGAAGGGGAGCUGCUGCAGGACAUGACUCAAGCCUUUUCGAAUAAUGAUGUCGAUGCCUUUGUGGACGCACUGCACAAGUAUGACUCUGUCACUAGACUGGAUGCUUGGAAGACUGAUAUGCUCUGCAAGGUUAAAGAGAUCAUGGCCCCCAGCGCUGAGAACCAGGCUAAUGAUGUCGAUCUGACGUAG